GGGGUCAUUGAGACUCAAUCAAUCAAGUCACAGAGUCUAUUCACCCGAUUAACUACGUCACCUCUAUACAAGCAUACCCGUUGCUUCCUGUGUAAUCCUUAUGGGGCAUAAGAAAUGUAGCGAUUAUUCGUUCUUAUAGGAACUACAACAUCACAAAGUUGUGUGAUUGUGAGGCAGACAAUGGACACACCAAGAAGAGUCAGCAAUAGCGAAGGCCCUCACGACUCUGAAUGACCUGAUCCGGCGAGAUUGAAAUGCUUAAUAACAGCAGAGUAACCUAUUGGUGUCAAAACUGCUUGACCUGUCAGUAGGCUUGAGUUUUAAUUCAUUAUUUCAGAGGUUAACUUUACCUCGGCGGCUUGAUCCUCAACAUGCGCUACCCCUUAACCCUGAAAGGCCUCGCAUACCUUUCAUUCACUCACAUAUCCAUUGGCACACAUGAUACCUAACCUCAUUGUGCAGGUUUGGGGUUUCGACAUCCGGCUAAACACUGCGUCAGUGUUUGAUAAGAAUCAAACAGCCAUGACCACAGACCAGCCCAGUGAAGCACUUCCCAUCGUCCACGAGCUGAGAAACCCUAAGGGUCAUGGCUUUGACUGCAUGGUGUUUGACGGCCUGUACCUGUUUGUCCCACCGCCUUUUAUGCUGAAGGGCGAAACUGCUGAAAAGAGGCUUCAGAGUAUACAAGAGAUUGAGCUGAAUGACGAUGAUGUCAUUAUCUGUGCGUAUCCAAAAUGUGGCACUCAUUGGUUGUGGGAAGUCGUGGAGAUGCUCAGAAGUGGGGUCAUUGAGUACAGAAAGGAAGUUAAGGAAACUCAGGAGUUCGAAAUCAUUUACAAAGAAGGAACAGACGCACUGCCGGCUCCUCGAACCCUGAACACACACCUCCCUCUGCGCAUGCUCCCCAAACAGGUCGUGGAGAAGAAGGUCAAGUGUAUCAAGAUCAUACGCAAUCCUAAAGAUGUCUGUGUGUCCUUUUUCAAUCAGUACAGAGACACUGUAGCACCUGCCGGCUUUGAAGGAGACCUAGAAGAAUUUACGGAACUAUUUUUGUACGGAAAAAUAUGUUUUGGGGCCUACUCUGAUUAUCUCCUGACAUGGAAAGCAGAAUUGGCCAGAUCGCCAGGACUACCUGUGCUUGAGAUGUUCUACGAGGAGAUGAAAAUGGACCCUGUCAAGAGUGUUAAAAACGUUGCCAGAUUUCUGGGCCUGACGUCUACAGACCAGUUCUGUGAAGACGUUGCGUUUGCUUGUUCCUUUAAGAAGAUGAAACAACUAGACAAGGAAGCGAAAGAGGAAUAUGCUGUAGCGAAGUUCUGGAAAGAGGGAUCUGUUGGCUUUUACAGAAAAGGGGAAGUUGGGGACUGGAAGAACUGGUACACUGUGUCUGAAAGCGAAAAGUUUGACCGGAUUUGGAAUGACCAAAUGAAGGAUUCUGGCAUUAAAUUUACAUAUGCAUGACAGUAUUACUGAAUCCGUAUAGAAUUUCAAGUAUAUUAUUUAGAAAUUGUAAUUCCAUGUACAGGUAGCAUUUGCAGUAAUGUGUGUAAAGUCGGACAUACGAGGUCACUGAAACUUGCAAAUAUACUCUUAAAAAAAAGUAACUCAAAGCCAGAUUUCUGUGAGGUAGGGAAAUAUAUUUUUACGAGGAACCAUACACGGCAUUAAGCCAAAAUGUUAUAGAGAGAACACUUGGUGAUUGUAGUAGUCUCAGUUAUCGGUACAUAGGAGAAGUCAAAGGUGAAGGUCAGCUACCAUCAAUAACGCGUAUGUCCCCCGUUGGAGUCGAUAGCUGUCUGACAUCUCCUACCAAUGGAAGAAACGAGUAUGCGAAUCACUUCCUGGGGAUGGUGUCCCACUCGGCCUGCAACGCAAAAAACAACUGCUGCAACGUCUGGGGUUGUGGUUGACGACGGCGUAGCGGUCUAUCUAAUUCAUCCCACAUGUGCUCUAUCGGCUUCAAAUCCGGGGAUCUGGAGGGCCAGGGGAGAACAUCAACGUUGUUGUUGUGUAGACAGGCUCUUGUGAUCCGUGCUGUAUUCGGUCGAGCGUGGUCCUGCUUGAAUACAACGUUGCCGGUGGCUGCAAAUGGAAGGACGUGUUGAAGGGGAAUUUUGUUGAUGUAUCGUUGAGCCGUAAGGUUGCCACGGAUAUGGACCAAACCUGUCCUGCCAUGGUGAGAGAUAGCUGCCCACAUCAUAACGCUACCCCCACCACACUGUCCACUUCUUGUACGCAGUUACCCACGUAACGUUCUCCUUGACGUCUGUAGAUCCGUGCUUGCUCGUAGACCCGCUGCUCUAAACGGUUUCGUACGGUCUGGUCGGAGUCCUAGUAUUUGGGAUGCGGUUGAAGUGGCUAUGGUCGUCCUUGUACGUAGGUGGCGCAGUCGGAUGUAGCAAUCUUGGGCGGGGGUAGUUGCUCUUGGUCGUACCGACCUUGGCCGAUCAUGUGUUAACCCAUAGUGUUGAAACCGAUCCCAUAGCCUUGUGAUGGUGCUGGGCGCUACAUUGAAAACCCUGGCUACAGCUGAUCGGCAUUCCCCUACCUGCAAGCGGCCUAUGACGUUGUUGCUUUGCACUUCAGUUAAUCUUGGCAUGCUGUUGAACUGUCACUCCUCGAUUGACGCAGAUGCCAACAAUCAAACGCCCUGAACUUUAAAACCGUUCAUAGUGCUGCUGCACGUGCAGUACGUGCAGCGCCAUGACCCUGAUGUUAAUGCACUGGGUGCAUUUUUCCGAAUCAUACGUGUUUCCCAACGGUUUGCAUGUCCUUGAUGUGAUCAUUUUGAUCCGGGAAAUUUGUCACUGACACUAUAACACAUUAAACCUCUUCAUUUCGCACCUCUUGGUCCGCCACUUUUGCUUUUAUGGCCAAACAUAUCCGUAUUGCGUUUCUUUUUUGGAAGAGUAUAUCACUAUCAGUUCAAGACACCGUCUAUGCCCAUAGGGCGACAUGCAUGUGCCUCAUAAAUACCCUCGUUAUCACAAUACCUGUGUGUAGAGUUGUCCGUCGUCCAAAAUAAGCUGAGUGUAAUUCCAGUAUCAGGGGACCAAUAGGUAACGUCGGCUUCAACAGCAUGUCGACUUUAAGAGUUAUAACUGGAAUCAGUAGUAUACAGGGAAGUACCCACGUGUUAUACGUGCCAACUGACAUCACUGUGUUUACGCAAACGCUGCUAAAAGUAGAGUCGAUUUUAUGACUAUAUCAUAAGAAUGUAUCUAUGAAUCACUAUCAAAUAGAGAUUAUACCAGUUGUUAGCAAAAAGGUGAGCGUAUUCUGCCCCACUAGUGGCAUCCGUCACAAACACAUACAAAGGCAAGUCAAUUGCUCAAAGAAACACAUGGUAAAGUCAAACGUUGUGAAAGCCGUCUAUAGCAUUUCACAUAUUUUCUGUAAAAAACGCUCAGAGAUCAACGUCUAACUUCCAUGUGUACGCUGCAAACGAGGAAUGGCGCCAAGCGAAGUUGCCAGACUUUUUUAUGUUUAUCGGAAUACAAUGUCAUCUCUCUGGAGAAGUUAUCCACAGCAGGGCAACACCCAUGACUUGCUAAAGUGUGACGGCAUGUCAAAGACAGCCAUAUUCGGUUGGUGCAUCUACGGAAUCGAUACCACAUUAACAGUUUGGACAAUUCCGGGGUUGAGAUCAAUUAGUGGCAGAACAGUUCACAAACGGUGGAGGGGGCACAAGUUUUGCUUUCAGGUCAUCGUGAGGCACGCCCAUCUGGUAUCGUUGCUGCCUCGCCUGUAUCAACGCAAAUGGUGGUCACAACCGAUAUUGAAUUGGUUUAUUGAGUUGUGACACCAUUCGUCUUUUAGGGCCUAUCGCUCUGUCUCCUGUUACCAGAUAUGGGUUUUGUCAAUGAAUUUGUUAUGAUUAAACAUCGAUCAGACUAAUGAUCAAAUAUCAUAAAAUUUACACCACGUUACAUAACAUUUACACCAAUUUACAUAACAUUUACAUCACUUUACAUAACAUUUACAUAACAUUUACCCCACUUUUCAUAACAUUUACAUCACUUUACAUAACAUUUACCCCACUUUUACAUAACAUUUACAUAACAUUUACCCCACUUUUCAUAACAUUUACAUCACUUUACAUAACAUUUACCCCACUUUUACAUAACAUUUACACAACAUUUACCCCAUUUUUCAUAACAUUUACAUCACUUUACAUAACAUUUACACCACUUUAUAUGAAGCACAAUUACUUUUUCCUUCAGUACAAUCAUCACAUGUCGAUAAGGAAAACGUACGUAAAUGUAUAUUCUUUAUUGAUGAUUUUGUUUAUAAAUAAAGACAACAUUCACAUGGGUGAAAUGUUCUUAUAUAACUUGAAAUUGAAUGCAUAGAUCCACAUUCUAUUCACAGAGGCCUACAGAUAUGAGCAAUACAUGUAUUUUAUUUAAGAAUAGCGUUUGCUGAACCCCAUGUGUGCGGUGAAAUGACGAGCUCAAAAAAAUGUUCAAAAUGCGGUGACAUCAGUCCCGUCAAGUAGCAUUAAGCACAAUCCAUGUAUUACAGGCCUGUAGGGGUUCCGGGUCCUAAUAAAUCCCCAGCACAGUGCU